AUGUCUAAGCGUAAAAGACUAACUCUCGCCGAAAAAAUAAAUAUAAUAAAUGAGUGUGAAAAAACAAACGAAAGUUACCGUGCAGCAGGAGAAAAGUUUGGUGUCAGUAAAUCGCUCAUCGGGGAAAUACUAAAUGAAAAGGAGGAAUUGCGCUCUUUGUUUGCGCAAAAUGGGAAUGUUCUGUCCAAGAAGAGAUUUGCCAAAACUUAUAAUCUAUCGAUAGAUUCGUUAACGUAUGAGUGGCUUUGCAGAGCAAGAGCUCAAAACAUUCCCAUCAGCGGACCACUCAUUCAAGAAAAAGCUCUUGAGAUAUCGGCAGAAAUUGUUCAAAGAACAAAAGAUUAUAGGCUGGUGGAUUUCAAAGCUUCCUAUGGAUGGCUGCACAAGUUUCGCAUUCGUCAUAAAAUUACAUACAAAACUGUAAGCGGUGAAGCUGGAUCUGUUGAUCAAAAUGAAAUUGCCUCGUGGAAAAUCAUAUAA